CGAGAAGCUUCAUUUGCAGCGCUUGUAAGAGGUCAAAGUUCAAACGAUGUCAGGGCAAAGGUCAGGGUUAGUGAAACAAAGUACUUCCGUUGUCUUGCGUUGUCGGAGUAAACAACAUGGCGGAUAGCAGGUUCAUUUUCAAGUAGCAGAAAACAAACUCAACAAUGCCUAAACUAUACCUGAAAGAAAUAGAACCAUUUCUUCUGGCUUCUGAAAAGACAGACCUCACAGAAAAAGGUCGUCCCAUCAAGAAUGUUGAGACAGCAGGCCAGAAAGGUUUUUAAUCGUCAUUCAACAAAGCGCAACACCUCACUUAUUGCCACCGAUGCAAUGUUGCUUAUUUUGGAACUCCUUCAGGUUCUAGCUUUGCUGCAAGCCAUGUCACUCAAGUGGUUCUGGCCAAAGUCGUGGAUGAAAAACACCAACUUCAUCUUCUUAUUUAACAUGGACAUCUGGGAGUUUAUUAAGGUUGAAUGUGGUGCAUUCAUUGGAAUGCAGAACCAUGAUAUCCCCAGUUCAUCAGUAACCAUGCAGUUUGCAUCAAUCAUCUUUGGAUGGUUUGGCUUCUUUGUGCUCUUUGGUCUCAUUCUGCUGAUAGUGAAACUUGUUCUCUGGGCUCGCCAUCCACCAUACCUGAUGAUCCAUAAUGCCAGACUGGAACGAGCAUUCAUCAUCAUUGUCCAGAUCAUAAGCCUUCCAUUUGGAGCCUCUGCAUUCAAGGUUUUUCAAUGUGCCUCAGGAGGGGAGCUAAGCAUUGACAACAACAUCACGUGCUGGGAGGGCUUACACUGGGCCUACCUGGUGCCUGUGAUAAUGGCCAUCAUAGGACUGUAUAUUGUGUUCCCAGCUUUCUUGGUAUGGAGGAUCAGACAAGCUGUGAUGGCAGCUUCUGAAAAUCACCAUGAAGACUAUUUGAAACUGAAGGAGGUGGAGUACAUGUCUGGACUGGAUGUGGUAUGGGAAGUUGAAGGGUUCCACAUCUUCUCUUCUUUCCGCUUAAAUGCAGUUUAUUAUCGCCCUGUCAUCCACACUCUUAAGCUGAUCCUUUUGGUCAUAUAUGCCAUGGCAUACCAGCACAUCACUGUACAAGCUGUCCUGGUUGCUGUUGUUUUGUUCAUCAUGGCAGUCACUGGUGGGGUGCUGAGGCCAUUUCGUGUUAUGCUUUUUAACAUUGUAUUUGUUUUGGGUUUCUUUUGCCUUGCUGGGGAUGCAAUCUUUGGCUCAGUCAUCACACAGUACUCUUCAGUUGAGGUCUCAUCACCCUGGCUGGUUGAUCCAUACAGUCGUUGGAUCCUCACUGUUAUCAAUGGUAUCUUAUCUUUGUCACUGGCUGCUUUUCUCCUCUACCUGAUAUCAUACCAUCUGUGCUGCCAUGGAUGUUCAGCAUAUCCCCUUUGGCCAGUUAUGACUGCUUAUGAAUACAAGGUAGAAGGAGUUGAGACUAUGAAAUAUUUAGCUACUGUGCUGCAAGGAAGAGCAAUAAUUGAACAUUGCCGAAGGUUGCCAGCAAUGUUUUCCCCAGUUCAUGAAUUGUCUCACCAAAUACAAAUACUUAAUGCAUACAUGCGAGAAUCUGAGCUGAUGCAUGAUGGGUUGCACCCAACACUUUGGGCAGUCCUGGAUGAAAUGAUUGAUUUGUAUCAGCGUCUGGAGCCACAGUCACUUUUUGGAGGUUUAUGGUUCAAGAACCUAAUCAGGAAAAAUGCAGCCAACUUCAUGACAUUGAUGCCUAUGUUUGCACGUAGACUGGCUCAACGAGACUAUGAUUUCAUCCUUGUACCUCCAGUCAAAAAGAGACUUCUGCUGAAAAUGUACAUCAUAGCAAUGCUGCGAGAAGGAAGCCGCCAGCACAAGAGGUAUCAGCAGCUGACUAAGCCAUCUCUAACUCGUAUCUGGGAGGAAUCAGCAGAUAAAGUGAAUAUCACUGAGGCCAAGGAGUAUCAUGAAGAACUGUACCCACCUCCGUUACAAGGUCCUGAUAUGGAGGCUCUCUAUAUGACAGGCAGUCUGGACACAGAACGGAGACUUUAUGACCUAGAUGUUAUGGAGGAAGAAGAAGAGAGUCUUGCAGCAUUUUUGCAGAGGUCUCCACCAGUCUUGGCUCUCAAAGAUGACUCAAGACGAGGAUCUGAAAGCACUUCUGAAGGCCAGCAUGAAUCAUCAGCGACUAUGGCAGGCAUAGACAACUCAAGCUUUGUAAGAUCAUUCAGCAACACAAGUCGGCCAACUGUAGUUGCAGCUGAUGUUAGUAAAGCCCACACUGAUGUCAGUCUGGCUGAUCUUGAAGCCAGUCAAGGGGCAGACGGCUACACAGUUGACCAUGGAAAGACCAACAUGGUGUUAACAAACUUCAACCCUGGGGAGAGCAGCACAGACUGAAAGCAGACCUCACUUGUUUUCAGCUAUUCAACUAAUUUAAAAUGUUAAUCUCUCUCUUUUGUAUCCAAAAUACAUUUUAACUGUGCUUUAAGAAAGAGCAAUUAAAAUUACUUUAUGAAUUUAAGAAACUGCAUACAUUUUGUGACUGAUGAUAACAUUUAUUUUGAUAAAUCACCAUUGUUCAUAUUUGAAAACUAUUUCAUUUUUAUAAAUACUUCUUGUAAAAAUGAUAGUGAAAUAAUUUACACAGUUGUAAAGUGGGACCAAUACCAGCCGAGCCUGCAAGAGCUUUAGUUGUGAAGACCUGUGGUAUGUUCACAUUACCUUCAGUUUAUACCUGUAUAAAAUGUCAAUGGGUGAUUUGGAGGUGGGGGAGAAAAUGUUCUGAAUACUUAACUGCUUCCUUGCGACAGUGAGACUGCUCUUGCGAUAAACUUUUCGUUAUGUGACUUUGUCAUAUUUACAUGCCAGAUUUUCACCACAGUUUGAUCAUCUUCAUCCCUGCUUUGAGUGCAGAUUAUGAUACCUACAUAUUGUAUUCGGGUAGAUGUUAUCAUGAAUUAAGUGAGUUAAUUUUGAUAUUAUAUUAUUGCACAUGCAAUUUGUUUUGCAUAAAUGCAAAACAAAUUCAUUGAAAUGGUGGCACGUGGAUAAACUAUAACCAAAUUUCUUGUGAUAAAUCAUGUUUUAUAAUAUUUUUUAAAUGUGGAGCUGGUUUCCACUUGUUUCCUACAUUAUGAUCUGAGACUUAAGUUAUGUGCAUGUUGUUAACAUGUUAUAUGCAGACAUUUAGUGUUUUGAAAUAUCUUUAGAUAAAAAUUUGGAUAAUUCAGAAGGUGUGCGUAUAAAGGUCUGUAUGCAUUUGCAAGAGUCUGCAGCCUGAACAUUGUGCUGUUAGGAUUCUAACAGCAUACUCCAUAGCAAAACACAGCAUUGUGCCAUUCUUUUGUCACCUUGAACUGUUUGUUCAAAAACAAAGUUGCUUUAGUCAGUCAGAUGACUUUAUUUUUCAUCUUUGAUCUCUACACAGUAAAGAGCUGUAGCUAAGUCGUUCAGACAGACUACCUGGUCCUCCAACCUGCAUGGAAAUGCUACAUAACCAACAAACCAGUCAUUCCACUACAGAGUAGACAGCAUACAUGACAGAAAUUAAUGACCAAACUUGAAAUGAAAAAAAACAAAACAAAUAAAAAU